AUGUAUUCCUCCAAUACGCCAAGUGACUGCUUGGAGCCCACUUCCUCGCAGACCUCCAGUCCAUCAUGUGAAGAAGCAGAUGAGCACACCUGUACCACAGUUAGUGUGUUCCCACUUCCCUGUCCGGUUGGUACAUAUCGCCCAGAAAGUGGGGCAAUCGAUGAAACUGACUGCACACCCUGUCCAGCUGGGUUUUAUCAGGAUCUUCAGGGGCAGAGUGGGUGUAAAAGCUGUCCACCUGGAUUUUUCUGUGGUAUUCAGACCCUGGCACCUGUGGGAGCUGUAAAGCCUCAGCUUUGCCUGUUUGGUUACUUCUGCCCUGGUAAGACAGAGUUCAGCACCAAGUACCCCUGCCCCAAGGGAACACUCGGCCAGCACCAAGGACUGACCUCUGCAGCGGGAUGCUCACCGUGCCCAGCUGGUCACUUCUGUGCCUCUGAAGGGCUGAUUCAGCCUAGUGGAGUUUGCUCACUCGGUUUUGUCUGCUGGAUGGGAGCCCAGGAGCCGAGGCCCAGUGAUAACAUCACAGGUGCUGUCUGCACGAGGGGAAGCUACUGCCAGGAUGGGCUCAUCAAAGGUGAGUUCUGGAGACGAUUAAGAGUUAGCAUCCAACGGCUUCAAGUGAACUGGUGGAUACCUUGCCAGGCCACUUUACAGGUGGGUGUUUUGCUAUUACAGGGGUGUGCUAUGCCGGUUACUACUGCGACGUAGGAUCUAGCCGGCCUGACCAGGGUAUCUGCCCAGCUGGGUUUUACUGCCCCAGUGGGACUGAAUCUCCCAUCCCUUGUGACAUAAGCACUUAUAGCCCAACUUCAGGAAGCACACAGAAGGAAGGACUGCAGACUGUGCCCAAAGGGGCAUUUUUGUCAAGGUUGGCAUUGCAGACUCCAGAGUGCUACAAACGGUUGUUUUCUUCAUACCUGUGAAAUAACGUGACUGUUGUCCCUUCUUAGCUCCUGGACGUACCAAUCCAGAUGGCCUCUGCUCAGCGGGGUUUUACUGCCCUCCAGGUCAGACCUCACCAAAGCCCGUUGCUCACCGCUGUCCUCCUGGACAUUACUGUCCAGCCGGUUCUGCAUCCCCAAAGACUUGUGAGAGGGGGACAUUCCAGCAUGAAGCAGAGCAGGAAUUCUGCACCACCUGUCUGGAGGGUUACUACUGUCAACCGU